UUUAAAAUGUCAUGAUAGAAGUUGAAGCAGUUCUAAGAUUAAUCCAUAAUAAAUGUUCUGGUUUCUCUAUAAUUAACAUCAGCUGAUGAAGCAGUGUUAAAACCCCCCUUUAGACUCUGUGGGAUGAUUUGAGUUUUGCAGAACAAACAAAACAUCUUCUAACUAUAAGGAAGUUCUCAUCAAAGACAUCAACACAAUUGUGCCGGACACUCUGAACAGCUGAAUCCUCUCUCGUCAAAUCAAUAAGCACAGGACCGACGUGUGAAACCAGAGGUUUUUAUGUCAAAGAAUUUUCAGCAGGAACAAUGGCGCGCAACAUAAGUAACAGCACAGACAUUGUCGUUGGGACCAACAAAGGGAAGAUUGGCGCUGAUAAUGUGAUCAACAUUAGUGGAGGAAUAAGAUCCCAGUCAAAUCCUGGGAACUCAUGUAAGACAGGAGGUGGGACUGGAUCUGGAUCCACUGCCUCUGGGAACACCAGUGGAAGAAAAGCAGUCAAUGUUGGCAACGUAAGUAACAUGACAGCUGGAGACAACGCAGGGGACAUUGGUGCAAAGAACACCUGCAAUGUGAGCGGAGGAAAAGAGGUCAAAGUGGAUAUUGGCAACAUAAGUAAGCUAGAUGUUGGAUCCAAUGAUGGAGACAUUGGUGCAGGGAACAACUGCAAUGUAAUGGGAGGAGAAGGAGUCAAAAUAGGCAUUGGCAACAUAGGUAACAUGACAGUUGGAGACCACGUAGGAGGCAUUGGUGUAGGGAACAACUGUAACGUGAACGGAGGAAAAGGAAUUGAAAUAAGUAUUGGCAACGCAAUAAAUGCAGACAUUGGGUUCAAUGCAGGAGGUUUUGGUGUAGGGAACAAUAUUAACGUUAACUAAUGAAAAUCCAGUCCAAAUGAACAUGGACAGCCAACCAACAAACAAAUAAACAAAACACUGAAAUUGAAAACUAAAUCCUGACGUGUCUGUGCAGCAUUCUUUGUAAAUUUUUCUGUUAUUUGCUUUCUUUUGUUUCACAAUAAACUGUGUUGGAGAUAAUA